AUGCUCUCACUCAACCUUCUCAUUGCAUACUUGUUGGCGACCGUCGCCGCUCAGUCCGCAGUCAAAGUCCGCGACAAUGUCCACAAUCUCACCUACGUAGGCCUUACUUUCUCAGGAACCGAGCAAUUUCAGGGCAUCAACUUCGGCCAGGACACCUCUGGCGCCAAUCGCUUUAAGCCUCCCAAGGCCUUUACCUAUCCCACGGGCACCACAGUCCAAGCCACGGCCGCCGGCGCUGCUUGCCCGCAAAACACGAACUUGUCUUUGCUUGGGGCCAUAAGCGAGAACCCGGGGGUCUUCAAUCUCUCAGAGGACUGCCUGAACCUUGAGGUGGUGAGGCCUGCAGGGACAAAGCAAAAUGCGAGGCUCCCUGUCAUGGUCUGGAUCUCUGGCCAAGGCGACGAGGAAGGCUCUUACAACUACACGUUGUACAAUCCCACGGCGCUCGUGGCCGGUGCCGCUGCCAAGGGCACGCCAGUGAUCUAUGUCUCGAUGAACUACCGGGUCAACGUCUUCGGAUUCGCCAACAGCCCGGCGCUGAGGACGGAAGGCUCGCUGAAUGCUGGGUUGCUCGACCAACGCCUGGCGCUGCAAUGGAUCCAGUCUAAUAUCGCCACAUUUGGAGGGGAUCCAAAGAAUGUCACAAUGUUCGGUCAAAGUGACGGAGGUGUCAGUGUGGGAUUGCAUAUGACGGCGUUCGGUGGGAACGGCACCGCUCCCUUCCGUCGAGCCAUCAUGCAAUCUGGAUCCACAGCGGCCGACCCUGGCGUCACUGGAAACGCAACCGUCACGAACACUGCGGCGGUGGCUCAAUUGGCAGGCUGUACCGGCACGAACAGCAGUCUGGUCUUAGCUUGUCUACGAGAAAUUUCCGCGGUACAGCUCCUGAAUGCUGUCCUCUUAUUUGAGAACUCAACGACAUCUACUCAAGCCAAUGGCGCGUCUCAGGAUUUGUUCUUCCCGACGGUCGAUGGAAACUACAUACCUGCUCCUCCCUCGACUCUGAUCCGGACGGGCCGGUUUCACAAAAACAUAUCCGUCAUCGCCGGAUGGACUGAAAACGACGGCAGCAUCUUCGUGCCACCGACACUUAACGGCUCCACUGAUGCACAGGCUUUUCUACAUUCAUCCUAUCCGAAUCUCAACUCGACUACGCUAUCAAGCUUGAUCUCGCUGUAUCCGAUCAACGAGUUUAUGGCAUCAGCGCAAGCUUUUCAGAUCUCACCCUUUUUCCUGCAAGCAUCGCAGAUCUACCGCGAUAUCAAUUUUGCAUGUCCGGCGAUCGACGUAGCUCAUCGUGUUACUCAGUAUGGCAGCGCAAGCUACUUAUACGUGCUCAACACGACAUCAUUGACCAGCGUCCUUCAACUCUUCAAUGCCACCUUCGAAGGGGUCCUCCACUUUUCCGAUGUACCUCUUGUCUUUAAUCAACCAAACGUCGGUUUCGGAACCACUGCCGCAGCGAACCUGACUGCAACCAGAAUGUCAGGUAGCUGGGCGCAUUUCGCUUCGACGGGCAACCCAAGCGGCAACUCUGCUAUCACCCUCUCAAAUUGGACUCUGGCAUAUAACAAGUCCCAGGCUGCAGUGACGAGUCAGAAUGUAACCGGGGCGAGCAUUAGAGUCAUUGGUGGACCUAACGCAGGACAGGCGGAGCUGUCAUCAAAUGCUGGAGCCGCAAUCGAGCCUCAACUUUUGCGCCGAUGUGCAUUUAUCAACUCGCCAGCGUUUUAUCAGCAGGUGCAGACGUGA